CAGCCACGACAGGAUUCGUGACAACACCUGGCAAUAACUUGAACGAUAUUGCACAAUAUUUAUUCAGUUAAUACACACAUAAUCUCUAUCUUAUUUUUCCCCCCUCAGGCGUGCCUCCACUGACAAGCCGCGACUGGUUAAUACAAGCAGAGGUUACAGUUAAAGACAUGAUGUUCCCUCCCUGAUCUGGAACAUCGUGUCUAUGAGACUAUGAUUCGUUUCUCGACGGCUUGAAACACCAACGAAGAAGAAAAACCGGAAGCGUCACUUCUCCUGCUGCUGGCAACGGCUAGCGCUACGUCGGUGUCAUCGUCUUAUCGUUUUUGGGGGUUUGACAACAGGAACAACAGCCUUAUUUCGGGUCCAGCCACGAAUACCCAUUUCCACUGGGGUCUCUGGAGAGAUGAACAACAACGGGAAUAAGAGAGCUCCAACCACAGCCACUCAGCGACUUAAGCAGGAUUACCUCAGGAUAAAGAAAGACCCUGUGCCUUACAUCUGUGCAGAACCUCUCCCCUCCAACAUCUUAGAAUGGCACUAUGUAGUCAGAGGUCCUGAAAAAACUCCGUACGAAGGAGGAUAUUACCACGGAAAACUCAUAUUUCCUCGGGAGUUUCCCUUCAAACCACCAAGUAUCUAUAUGAUAACACCAAAUGGGAGAUUUAAGUGUAAUACAAGGUUAUGUUUGUCCAUCACAGACUUCCAUCCAGACACGUGGAACCCGGCGUGGUCCGUUUCAACGAUUCUCACGGGUCUGCUCAGCUUCAUGGUGGAGAAAGGCCCUACCCUCGGCAGCAUUGAGACAUCCGAGUACACGAAAAGACAACUGUCAGCCCAAAGCCUGGCCUUCAACCUCAAGGACAAAGUGUUCUGCGAGCUGUUUCCUGAUGUGGUCGAUGAGAUGAAACAGAAACAGAAGGCCCAGGAGGAGUUAAGCGCCCGCACACAGCCCCUGCCCUUACCCGAUGUGGUGCCUGACGGUGACCCUCAACACGCCCACUAUGGCCUGCCCGCCCUCAAUGGUGGUCCCGUCCCGCUCGGCGGUGCCAACCCUGCCCCUGGUCAGCAACAGGCCAAUCGCAACCACGGACUCCUAGGUGGCGCGCUGGCCAACCUGUUUGUGAUCGUAGGCUUUGCGGCGUUCGCUUACACAGUCAAGUACGUCCUGAGGAGCAUAGCCCAGGAGUGAGAGGAGCUGGCGUUGUAGGGCGCCACUCCCCCCUGCAGGCGAGCCAGUUAUUGGACUCCAAAUUCUACAAACACACUCGAGGGGGAGGGAUGUUCAGUCCUGGGUUAAACUCCACCACCACCACCACCACCACGGACUUUGGAAGACGGAAACUCAAAGCCGACCCACACAGAAAGGAUUGAGGGGAGGAGGUGGGGGAGGGGGGUUGUGAUCCACUCUGUCCUUCAGAGGUUUAUGUCAGCAAUAGGAACAAACUUGGCUCAUGGGUUAUGGAGGAGUGUAGAACUGAGGACCUGCAAACAGGCCGUAGUUUGUGGAACCGUGCUGGAGUGUUGGUCACGACGUCAGAAAUGUGCUUUACUGAGGUGGAAUGAACUGAACCAUCGUACUCCUGCACUGUCAUGAACAUGACCGACAAAAGCUGGUUUCUCAAAUAAAACAAAAAACAAAGUAAAUCAUUCUCUAAUGUGGUCCCCCCCCCGACCAUCACUUCGACAAACCCCUUCUCCUCUGCAGUCCUUUCACCGCACAGUCUCCUUGGGCAGAGUGGUGUUGCAGUGCUACAAAAGUAUUUGUGCUCCACCUCUUAACAUAUUUCCAUGAUAACAUCAGGCAACUGAAGAGGAAAAACCAGUUCAAGUCUUCAGUUUUACUCUAUCACGGGACGUUUUAAUUACAUGGAAUCAAUCUGGAUCACGGAAAAGAUAAUGUUCCAGGACAGUUGCUCAGGUAAAAAUAAAGUAGCAUUGGGUCAUAAAAGGGGAACAGGCGAUUGCCUCGGAACCACUUCACCAUAGUCCCUGUUCUAUGUCUCAAAUGAACGUCAUAGAAAAGUCUGACCUGAGUAUAGAUGUUUAGUUUCCAGUCAACCCAUGAGCCAAAUCAGUGAACCCAGUGUCUGCAGAGAAACUAAAAAAACAGCGACCAGAAACUUUUUUCUUUAAAAAAAAAAAAUUGGCUUAGCUGACCAGUAUAGUGCCGCUCUAUAUAGGUCCAAAUAAGGAGACAUGAAAAGAACCAAGGUUUUGCGUCUGUAUAUUACUAUUUUAAAAAGAUCUUUUUUUUUUUUCUUUUCUUUCUCAUUUUGUUCUCUUUAUUUAUAGAGACUGCCCGGGGCUCGUCUGUCGUGACAAGGGGGCGUUAAGGACAAACAGACGGGUCAGGCCCAGGCCCAGGCUCGCAUAAUUGCUGAUAAUUUACUGUUGUGCAUUGCAUUUAGUAAAGAUGGUUCUAUUGUGUAGCUAAUGUUUCAAUGGAAAAAAAAAUACUUUUCUGAAAUGCAGAAGAUUUUCCUUUGUGUCGCUCUUUUCUUUAACAAAAAAAGGAGAAAAAAAGACGAACUGAUGAUGAUGAUGAUGAUGAUGGUGGGAGUGUGUUUGUGUGAUUAUACAGCAAAUGCCCACAUUUCCAUGCUUUCAGUUAAUCAUGUGUGACCAUUAUAUGUUUUCAUAGUAAAAUGCAAAUAAAUAUCCCUGCUUGUCGGGGCGUUUUAGAAAGAAAAACAA